CUUCUAGCCAAACCAGAGAUUGUCACUUUAGAAAGACUUAGCAAUGGCAUGCUGCUCUGUGUGGCAAGUGGGUAUCCUGCUCCUACUAUAAACUGGUAUGUUUGCCCAGCCACUGAGCAAAGGUGUCCAGAUUCACCAAAAGCUUCUCCAGUGAAUGUAAAAGCCAAAUAUAAAAAUUCAACAUUUUCUUCAUUUGGAAAGAUAAUUGUUGAAAGUACCAUUGAUACCAGCGUGUUCAAGAACAGUAGCACAAUCACAUGUGAGGCUUCCAAUACUGUUCAUAGAUGUUCAGCUUCCUUUAACUUUUCCAUUAAAGAACAAGAAAACAGUCACAGCCUUUUCACACCACUGUUGAUUGGCUUUGGUGUAACAGCAGGACUGAUGUGUGUUGUAGUCACAGUCCUUACCUAUAAAUAUCUCCAGAAACCCAAGUAUGGGGUUCAGUGGAAAGUGGUGGAUGAAAUAAAUGGAAGCAGCUAUCUAUACAUGGAUCCAACACAGCUUCCAUACGAUGACAAAUGGGAAUUUCCAAGGAACCGUCUCAGUUUUGGCAAGACUCUAGGAGCUGGAGCUUUUGGGAAAGUUGUUGAAGCAACUGCCUAUGGUCUGCUCCAACCUAACAGGCCAACGAGAGUGGCAGUGAAAAUGCUCAAGCCCAGUGCCCAUUUCACUGAAAAAGAAGCCUUGAUGUCAGAACUGAAGGUGCUGAGUUACCUUGGCAGUCACGAUAACAUUGUGAAUCUGCUUGGAGCCUGUACUGUUGGAGGUCCUAUUCUAGUCAUCACUGAAUAUUGCUGCUAUGGUGACCUUUUGAAUUUCCUAAGGAGGAAACGGGAUUCCUUUAUUUUCCUGGGGCCGGAAGAAGCUGCUGUUUACAAGAACGUUCUCCAUCAAAAAGAACGCAUGCAGGGUGCCGCCAAGGAAUACAUAGACGUGAAGCCAGGAGCUUCUCAGGUCAUCCAUGCCAAAACCACUAAAAGACUAGGAUCAUCGGCUAAUCAGGAUGUCACUGUUGCCAUCUUAGAAGAUGAUGAACUGGCCCUGGAUGUUGGCGAUCUGUUAAGUUUUUCUUAUCAGGUGGCAAAGGGGAUGAGCUUUCUUUCAUCUAAAAAUUGCAUUCAUAGAGACCUGGCAGCAAGGAAUGUAUUACUUACUCAUGGACGGAUAACAAAAAUCUGUGACUUUGGCCUUGCAAGAGAUAUCAGGAAUGACUCAAAUUACGUAGUCAAAGGGAAUGCACAACUUCCUGUCAAGUGGAUGGCCCCUGAGAGUAUUUUUGAAUGCGUGUACACCUUUGAGAGUGAUGUUUGGUCGUACGGGAUUCUGCUUUGGGAACUUUUCUCUUUAGGAAGCAGUCCCUAUCCCGGAAUGCCUGUGGAUUCCAGGUUCUAUAAAAACGUUAAGGAAGGAUACAGAAUGUUUAGUCCAGAAUUUGCACCUGCGGAAAUCUUUAAGAUAAUGAAGAGCUGUUGGGAUGCUGAUCCUGUAAAGAGGCCAGCCUUCAAGCAAAUUGUGCAACUGAUUGAACAGCAGAUUUCCGAUAGGACAAAUCAUAUUUGCUCAAAUGUUUCAAGUGGCAUUUGUAGUCAAGGAAAUACUACAGAUCACUCUGAGAAUUAA